CGUGACGCUGAGUUGAAGGCGGAAGCACGUCACUGCGCCGACGCGGGAAACACGCGACUGCCGAGACUGACUGCCUGCAGUCAAAACAAACUAGUACAGUUUACGUGGAGUUUACUGAUUUAUUUAUUCUGAGCUACAAGUCAAAGCACUGGUCCAAAAUGUCAAAGAUUGAAAAGAUGAGUAUUCUGGGAGUGAGGAGUUUUGGAGUUGAGGAUAAAGACAAACAAGUGAUCUCCUUCUUCAGCCCUCUCACGGUGCUUGUGGGACCUAAUGGAGCUGGAAAAACGACCAUCAUUGAGUGUCUCAAAUACAUCACUUCAGGAGACUUCCCACCAGGAAGUAAAGGAAACACCUUUGUCCACGAUCCCAAAGAUGCUCAUGAAACGGAUGUACGGGCACAGAUCAGACUCCAGUUUAGAGAUGUGAAUGGCGAUGCUGUGGCAGUCCAGAGGUCUAUGCAAAGUACACAGAAGGGCAAGAAAACUGAGUUCAAAACCCUUGAGGGAGUCAUUACCAGAAUGAAGCACGGAGAGAAAGUGAGCCUGAGCUCUAAAUGUGCUGAACUAGACCGUGAGAUGAUCUCAUCCCUGGGCGUCUCCAAAGCUGUCAUCAGCCACGUCAUCUUCUGCCACCAAGAGGAGUCCAACUGGCCUCUCAGUGAAGGGAAAGCCCUCAAGCAGAAGUUUGAUGAGAUUUUCUCAGCCACAAGGUACAUUAAGGUAUUGGACACCCUGAAGACGUUGAGGCAGAAGCAGACCCAGACGGUUAAUUCCUGCAGGCUGGAGCUCAAGUACCUAAAACAGAACAAAGAUAAAGCCCUUGAGAUUAGAGAGCUGCUGUCCACUAAAGAGGCUCAGCUGUCUUCCUCCAAAGAGAGCGUCCAACGCAUCGAGAAUCAGAUUGACCCACUGGAGAACCGACUGUAUGACAUAGACAACAGCCUCAGCAAAAUAAUGAAGUUGGAUAAUGACAUCAAAGCUCUGGACAGCAGGAAGAAACAGAUGGAGGAUGAUAACCGGGAACUAGAGGAAAAGAUGGAGCAGGUGUUUCAGGGCUCAGAUGAUCAGCUGCAGGACAUGUAUCAGAACCACCAGCAGACUGUCAAAGAGAAGGAAAGGAGACUUACGGAGUGCCAGCGCGAGUUUGAACGGGCCGGCCGAGAGUGCCAGAGGAUGAACCGCAUCAAAUCUGACCUGCUAGUUGAGCAAGGCCGUCUGCAGUUGGAGGCAGACAGACACACACAGAACAUUAAAAAGAGGGACACCCAGGUGAAGAGUUUAGCGUCUUCCCUGGAGUUGGAGGGCUAUGAUCGGACGCCUCUUAACGAAAGACAACUCCAGAGCUUCCACAGACAAGUCAAAGAGAGACUGGACCAGGACACUGACGCCCUCAACCAAACUAUGCGAGAUAUGCAGGAGAAAGAGGCACAGAAGCAGCAAAGCAUCGAUGAUCUCCGUGAUAAGAAGACCGGUCUAGAGAGAACCGUUGAGCUGAAGAGAGACAUACAGGCCAAGAAACAACAGGAACUGAAGAACAUCAAGUCUGAUCUCCAAAAACUGGAGGGCUCCUCUAGCAGACUGCAGGAGCUGGACACCGAGCUUCAGAAAGCGGAGCGUGAGCUUGAAAAUGCCACGCAGGCCUGCACUGUGGACAGUCUGAAGGCAGAGGUCAUCGAACUACAGAGGGAGAAAACUGAACUGGAUCAGGCCCAGCGCAGACUGGACCAGGAGAUGGAACUGCUCAACACACACACCAGGGCACAUGCAGAGAUGGACAUGCUAAAGAAGACCAAGAUGGAUAAAGAGGAGCAAGUGAGGAAGAUCAAGUCGAGACACAAUGAAGAGCUGGUGUCUCUGCUGGGACACUUCCCAAGCAAGAGAGAGCUGGAAGACUGGAUCCACUCCAAAACCAGAGAGAUCAACUCCACCAGAGAACGGCUCAGCAAAAUGAAUAAGGAGCUUGCAUCUGGAGAACAGAAGAAGACUCACUUCAUGGCAGAAAUCAAACGUAAGGAAGAGCAGCUGGUCAACUAUGAAGAGCGACUCUUCAACGUGUGCGGCAGUCAGGACUUCCAGUCGGACCUGAGCAAACUGGAGGAUGAGCUGGAGAAGUCUUCUAAACAGAGAGCCAUGCUGGCGGGCGCCACCGCCGUGUACAGUCAGUUCAUCAGUCAGCUGACGGAGGAGGGCGAGCCCUGCUGUCCCGUGUGUCAGCGCGUGUUCCCCUCAGAGGCCGAGCUCCAGGACGUCAUUAAUGACAUGCAGUCCAAGCUGAGGCUCGUCCCAGACAAACUGAAGAACACCGAGCAGGACCUGAAGAGAAAAGAGCGCAGGCGUGAUGAAAUGAUGGCACUGAAGCCCAUCAGGCAUUCCAUAGUGGAGCUGCAGGAGAAAGAGCUGCCAGAGCUCAGAAAUAAACUCCAGCGUGUGAACCGAGACAUUGAGAAGCUGAAAGGAGACACUGAGGAGCAGGAGACGCUGCUGGGCACACUGAUGUCUGAGGAAGACACAGCCAAGGCCUGUCUGCAGGACGUCUCCCUCAUGGAUCGCUUUCAGCUUGACCUGAAGGAUGUGGAGAGAAAGAUCGCUCAGCACGCAGCCAAGCUUCAGGGAGUUGACCUCAGCCGAACCAUGACGCAGGUCAGCCAGGAGAAACAAGAGACCCAACACCGCCUGGACACCACCUGCAGUAAGAUCGAGCUGAAAAGGAAACUGAUCCAGGACCAGCAGGAGCAGAUCCAGGCCUUGAAAAGCAGCGUAAACGAGAUUCGUGGAGAAAAGCUCCUGAUCUCCAGCAACAUGCAGAAGCGUCAACAGUUGGAGGAGCAGUGUGUGGAGUUCUCCACUGAAAUCCAGACGCUCCAACGAGACAUUCGAGAUGCAAAGGAGCAGAUGUCUCCUCUAGCUGCAACUCUGGAGAAGCUCCAGCUGGAGAAACAGGACAUUGCAAAGCGCAGGAUGCAGAAACAGGAAGAAGGGCAAGAAAAGAUAAAUUCAAUCAAGGAAAAAGUUAAAAACUUGACCCUCCUUGAAAGAGAGAUCACCAAGUACAUUGAAGAGGGCAAAGACAGCUACAAAGAGCAAAAAGAAACUGAGCUACAAGAGGUGGACAAACAACUACACGAGGCUGAAAAACAGCGAGAGAAGACCAAUAAAGACAUGGGCAACAUCCGGCAAGAUAUUGACACUCAGAAGGUUCAAGAACGCUGGCUACAAGAUAACUUGACCUUACGGAAGCGUGUGGAGGAGCUGAAAGAUGUGUCUAGAAAACGUGAGGCUUUGCUUAAGGAGAUGGGAAACAUGCAAGUCGUGCAGUUGCGCAAUGAGCGGCGAGAAGUGGAGCGAAAGUUGGAUGACCUGAAAAAGAACCGCAGUGUGGCUGUCGGUCGACAGAAAGGCUACGAGGACGAGAUCCUUCGUUUUCGUAAAGAGCUCAAUGAAGAUCAUUAUAGCCGGGCUGAGGAUCUCUACAGAGACAGAAUGAUUGUCAUGAGAACAACAGAGUUGGCCAAUAAGGACCUGGACAUCUACUAUAAAGCCCUAGACCAAACAAUAAUGAAGUUUCACAGCAUGAAGAUGGAGGAGAUUAAUAAAAUCAUCAGAGAUUUAUGGCGGAGCACAUACAGGGGACAAGACAUUGAGUACGUAGAGAUUCGCUCUGAUGUGGAUGAGAAUGCCUCUGCCGGCCUGAAAAGAAGGACUUACAACUAUAGAGUGGUAAUGGUCAAAGGAGACACAGCUUUGGACAUGCGGGGACGUUGCAGUGCUGGACAAAAGGUUCUGGCCUCCCUCAUAAUACGGUUGGCUCUGGCUGAGACGUUCUGUCUGAACUGUGGGAUUCUGGCGCUGGAUGAGCCCACCACCAAUUUAGACAGAGAGAAUAUAGAGUCCUUGGCACACGCACUGGUGGAGAUAAUCAAGAGUCGUUCUCGCCAACGCAACUUCCAGCUGCUUGUUAUCACUCACGACGAGGAUUUUGUCGAGCUCCUGGGACGAUCCAACUAUGUGGAGCAUUUCUACAGGAUCAGGAAGAACCAGGACCAGUGCUCGGAAAUCACAAAGUGCAGUAUCAACACACUCAACUCCUACCUGCACUGAUGCCUCAGAUCAGAUGAG